AUGGAUCUUGAGAAGGAUCGUGUCUCACGCAGUUUGGGUCGUGUAGCGAUCGAUUCUCACAAUUUCGCGGCACUUGAGGGGUUGUUUAACGAGCACCCUAGAACGAGAUUUGCACCGUACAACCAGCCUGUAUCGCUUCGAGGAAGACCAGACUUAACAAUUCAUCGCUCUGAACACUCACUCGGAGACGUGCAGCUGAUCAGAGCGUACGGACAGGACACGUGCUUCAAGAAGCAAAAGGAAAUUCGGCGCUGCAACGUUGAGCUGGUGGUAGUUCCGCCUGGAAGAAACAUGGCAGACAACGCCAUUAAAAAAGACGCUGAAAGAUUCUUGCUCAGGGAGAUAGCAUGCCUUCUGAACUCUGGACGGGACUGCACGGGGACCAAUUAUGAGUAUCCUUUGGUGGUCAUACUUUCUCAAGAUCGAGACUUCUUCCCUUUCAUCUUAACUCUGGUUCGCACGGGAGUGAGAGUAGUCGCGUUAUUCUCCUUAACCACCAAGCAGAAUCAGGAUCAGAGUGAGAAAUGGCGCUCUGCUCUACUGCAGUCCAACGUGUCCGUCCAAACCAGUGAGAAACGUCUGUUAACAUGCAACAUCCAGCAAUUUCACAAGCUGUAUCAUGCUGUGUUUGGGAAUCAGUUCAGUCGAAAGCCAACAUGCGAACUCUUGGACUUAUCCAAUCAAGGCUAA